AUUAACUAAUUACUUCACAAAUAGAAAAUAACUUUACUCGAAUAGUAAACUUACUUUCCUUGCAGUGAAAUUAGAGCAAAAAAUCGAAUUAUGUUGUUCAAAACUAUUUUGAUAUUUGCCAUCGCACUUUCCACCGUGGAAAGUGUGCUCCAAGAGAUUUACAUCUUUAAAGAACCCAGCUGCCAAGGAGAUGGGUUACUUUUUCGAUCAAAACAGUCCGCUUUGACAACCUACCAGCAAACUUUUAUUGAUGCCAUGCAAUCCAUUAGAGUCCUCGGAUUCUGGACCGGUUACUCCACCCCUGAAUUUCAGCCAGAAGAACUUCUAAAUAAACACGACUAUACCGGAACAUGUUCUAAUUAUUCCGCCAGUGGUUUGAAAUCGCUUCGAUUUAUGGGGCAAAUCGAUACCUCUACGGCAUUCAUUUCCUUAUAUAAUGGAACUCCAGGUACAGAUGCAUUUUCUGGCGAUGAAAAAAUUGUGACAAGAGCGUCGAGUGAUUUCAGCUUUACUCCCACGGGCGUGAUCAUUUCGAACGCUGCAAACUGGACGGGAUACGAGAACGCGGAUUUUACUGGGAGGGCGAUAUGUUUCCGUAGUUCCACUCCUGGCCUGACCACUUUCGACUUGAUGACAGAUAGUCGUGUAGUCAAAUCUGUCGUGAAAGGAUGCAUUUCAUGAAAUUCUGUGUAUUUACUUGUUAUGAAACUUAUUCAAUCAGAAUGCUAACUAAAUAAUUCUUAGCUUUAAGAUUAAAUAAAUAAUUUAUUGCAUUUUAAGAUCUGGUGGGCAUAAUAAACAAAUUUAAAUUUA